CCGCCGCCGUUUCAGUCGUCGCCGUCGCACCGUCGCCGUCGCCGUCGCUGUCGUCGCCGCUCGUCACCACAAUCUGCAGCGGUUGCCGUAUACAGACACGCGCCAGUCGCCGCACACACGCAAUCGCCCGAGCACGUGUGCGCACGUCCGACGCGGUUACAAGAAGAGGGCCACAGCGGGCGCGGACUCGACCGACUCGACGGAAAAUUGGUUGAACAAGGAAUCAUAAUUUGUUCAAAUUAUAUUGUUUGUUUGACAGUGCAAUUUUAAGAUGGCUGAAUUUCGAAAUUAUAAGAAUGAUCAAUCGCUUAUAAAGACGAUGUUAAGAAGGAAAAAGGAAUCCGAUUUGAGCACUGAGCCAACGAAAAAUCAACUUAGCCGUGUAUUAGGACUAGUAGACUUGAUUUCCCUUGGCGUUGGUUCAACUCUUGGACUUGGCGCUUAUGUACUAGCUGGAGAAGUGGCGGUUAAAUUUACUGGGCCUGCAGUCGUUUUGUCAUUUGCUUUUGCAGCUGUAGCAUCGGCUCUGUCAGGAUUAUGUUAUGCGGAGUUUGCUAGUCGUGUACCAAAAGCCGGGUCGGCAUAUGCGUUCAGCUAUGUGGGUAUUGGUGAAAUAGUGGCAUUCCUCAUUGGUUGGGAUUUAAUAUUAGAAUACAGUAUUGGAUGUGCCAGCAUUGCAAGAGCUUUAAGUGGGCAUAUUGAUAAACCCUUUGGUCAUCCAAUGAGAGAAUAUCUUAAAGAAACGUUUCCAAUGCAUGUAGAUUUCUUGGCACCAUAUCCGGAUUUUUUUUCAUUCACAUCUAUAAUAAUGUUAACUUUUUUGAUUGCAUGGGGAAUGAGAGAAUCGUCUUUUCUGAACAAAAUAUUUACUGUUGUCAACCUGCUUACAGUUAUCACAGUCGUCCUCACUGGCCUAAUCAAAGUCGAUACUUACAAUUGGAACAUACCAAAAGAGGAUAUACCACUGGAUGCUAAAGGCGGAGAAGGCGGAUUUUUGCCAUUUGGAUGGUCCGGAGUGUUUGUAGGAGCCGCAACGUGCUUUUACGGAUUUGUCGGAUUCGAUGCCAUAGCCACUACCGGAGAAGAAGCCAAACGACCUACAAAAGACAUACCUUUGGCAAUAGUUAUAUCGUUAUCCAUCAUCACGUUAUCGUAUUGCAGCGUAGCUAUCAUAUUGACACUCAUAUGGCCAUACUAUAAACAGGAUCCGGAAGCUCCUUUCCCACAUAUAUACCAAGAGUUGGGAUGGCAGGCGCUCGAAUGGAUCGUUACAAUCGGAGCAGUGUUUGCUCUAUGCACUAACAUGAUCGGUACGCUGUUUCCGUUACCCAGAAUAUUGUAUUCCAUGGCAUCCGACGGGUUAUUGUUUCACAUUUUUUCCAAAGUUGAUUCCAAGACAAAAACUCCAUUUUGGGGUACAUUAAUAUGUGGAACAUUUGCUGCGAUUUUGUCCAGUCUUUUCGAUCUCCAACAGUUGAUGAACAUGAUGUCGAUCGGUACGUUGAUGGCGUACUCGCUCGUGUGUAUUUGUGUGUUGGUUUUGCGGUACACAAACGAUGAUUCCGAAGAGUGUAAGGUCAGAGACAACGGCCGAUUUCGCGUAUCUCUCAUGAGACUAUUAUCAUCCAGCUUCAAUCUCCCGAAUUCGCAGAUUACAACAAAAAACACCGGUCGUACCUCGGUCAAAAUUAUUCUGGUUUACCUCAUCGUGGCCAUAUGCUUCUGCUCGUCCGUCUCUAUUGCCCAAACCGAAGGAAAGUUCAACAUGAUCACGUAUGCGGCAUGCAGCGUUUCCGGCGUGCUUUUGUUGGUGCUUUGCUAUUCGUUAUCGCGACAACCACAGUCUACAAACCGACCUACAUUCCACGUACCUUGCGUUCCGUUCGUGCCCUGCCUGAGCGUCGUCCUCAACAUCUACCUAAUGACACAACUGGACACGUCCACCUGGAUACGAUUCACCGUCUGGCUAUUCAUCGGCUUACUGAUUUACCUGUUCUACGGACUCCGGAACAGCGUGGAACGGUUGAACCAGCGGCGGAUCCUGGAUGAGACGUAUAUGAAGCAGAUACGUUACGAAAUCCAAGUAUAUUAGCGCGGGGAGAGUUGGUGGGUGAUAGGCGGAGGGGGGGGGGGGUGAAAGUAUAUGAGAGAUUGUAUGGGGGAGAGAGACAGACAAGAAAGUGAGAGUGAGUGCGUAGUGUGUACAUAGUGCGUUUACGUGUGUAAACGAGUUAGAAAAAUUUAGAUAACGGAGUGAGAGACUACAAUGAUUUUGUUGUACAAUACAACACUCCUAUAAUACAAACGUCGUUUUAUGCAUUUUUACAAAAAAAAAAAAAAAAUUGACCCUUUUACCAUUUCCUUCAAAAUAUAAUAAUAUAACCUAUACAAAA